AUGGGGGUGGGCGUCGUGAUCAGGGACCACAUCGGCAACUGUCUGGUUGCUUGCAAUCAGCUUCUUGAUGAGGUUACGACGUCGGAGAUUGCUGAAGCACUUGUUGUGAGAAGUGCAUUGACCCUCGCUCGUGAUGAAGGUUUGGACAAGAUCAUUCUGGCCUCGGACUGCCUCUCUGUGGUUCAGCGCGUUAACUCCUCUACACGUGAUCGCUCUCUGGUUGGAGUUGUUGUGGAGGACAUUAAGGCGAUGGCUGCAUCUAUGUCCUCUGUGACCGCACUGGCGGUAGCUCUGAAUAUGGAGCGGCUGGUGGUGCUCCUCGUCGGCUUCCUCCUGGUGCUCGACAAGGCGGCCGACGGGUCGCCGUGGUCGUUCUGGCCGCCGGGCGGCGACCCCGGCGGCUGCCUCAGCUGGCGGGUGAUGGUGGAGGCGAACAACGCCAAGAACUGGCGCACGGUGCCGGCGCCGUGCGUCGGCUACGUGUGGGCCUACAUGUCCUGGGGCCAGUACGGCCGGGACGUGGGCACCGCCGCGGACGAGAUCACCGCCUACGCCGCGAGCCAGGCCCCCGCCGGCGAGGACGGGCGAGACGCCUGGGUCCUCGACGUCGACGACACCUGCCUGUCCAACCUGCCCUACUACCAGGCCAGGCAGUUCGGGCCGUACGACCCGGCGGCGUUCAAGGCGUGGGCGAGCAGAGCGGCGUGCCCGGGGAUACCGGCGAUGGUCAGGGUGUUCCGGACACUCAAGGCAGGUGGCUUCAGGGUGUUUCUGCUCUCCGGGAGAGACGAGGAGGCGCUGGGCGCCUGCACGGCCGCCAACCUCGCCGCCGCCGGGUUCGCUGGCUAUGACCGACUCAUCAUGAGGAGCGCGGGGUACCGGGGCCAGAGCUCGGUGGUGUUCAAGUCAUCGGUGCGGCGAAGGUUGAUAGAGGAGGAGGGGUACCGGAUCCGCGGCAACGUGGGCGAUCAGUGGAGUGACUUGCAGGGCGAUUGCACCGGAGACCGCCUCUUCAAAGUCCCCAACCCAAUGUACUUCGUCCCUUGA